AUGUCAGUCAAUUCACUGUUUCUUAUCUUUACAUUCUCGCCAUGAUGUGCCGAUACCACUAUACGAUACGAAUAUAACACCUAUGAUAUAUCUAUCAAGUGGUUGUUAGGUAUAGGCGAGUAAUACUGAAAGUACUUACCACGUUGGGCUGUGGCCCAAAAGAUUCUCAAUUGGAACAAUUUUGAGAACGGCGCAGUCAUGUCGGGCAACUGGACAUCGCCGGCUCCUAAAGUGAGCGGGCCUCAGGUAAGCGGUCAUGAUCAUCGUCAUUUCCGUAAUAGUUACGCUAAAUUGGCUUACCAGACAGCCAAGCCGAAAGGCCCGCCCUACCCAUCAACAAUGGCUAUUGUAGGUGGCGAGCCGUCUCCCUCAGUCGACGACCCAAUCGCUGCGAUCUUACUCUUAUUAUUUCUCCUUUCGGCUGCAGCACACAUGGCCAUACUACGGGUCAACAAGCAACGGAACCUCAAAUUCAUAUUCUCAGGGAUGCUCUUCGUCCUAUGCAUUCUCCGCGGCGUUUCACUUGCCGCCCGCAUGGUCUGGGCAUCGUAUCCAAAAACCGUGAACGCCGUUAUCGCUGCUAGCGUCAUGACGCAGUGUGGUUCCGUCCUCAUUUUCAUAAUAAACCUCUUUUUCGCUCAGAGGAUUCUGCGGGCGUAUCAUCCCCGCCUCGGCUGGCACCGCGGCACUUGCUACGUCGUUUGGUUCCUUAUAGCUUGUGUUUUGUGUUGUCUUAUUAUGGCUAUAGCGGCCACGGUACAUGGCUUCUUCACGCUUAAUCCGCGUGCUCGUCGCUCUGAUCGUGCCGUUCAACUCUUUGCGGGGACGUACCUGGCUUGUCUUGCCUUCCUUCCCGUUCCCGUUGUCGCUAUAGCUGCCGCCGUGGGGGCAACGCCGUCUGUAUCAUCUUCUUCGUCUUCAGAAUCACCGUAUCCACGACGGACCGGAUGGGCGCGAUGGUGGAACUUCCAACGACGGCAACGGCGAGUUGAGAAGUUUGGCGCUGGGCGAUGGCGCGCGAAAGUUGGGCUUCUAACAUUCGCAUCGCUCGUAGCGACCCUGGGAGCUGCCUUUCGGGUGGGUGUCAACUUCGACGGGCGCCCAGGUUCAGAUCCAGCGUGGUUCCAUAGCCGCGCAUGCUAUUAUGGUUUCAACUUCGUGACGGAUCUCAUCGUAUCAACAGCAUACCUGCUAGCACGCUUCGAUCGACGAUUCGUUGUACCUGACGGCGCAAAGGGACCAGGCGACUACUCGCCUAUCGUACCGCAAACGCCAAUGUCAGCCACCAACUCAAGGUGCAACCUAGUGAGCAAGUUACCGAUGAUGGGCACCAGUAAACCCUUAACCAUGAUGCGGCAGCCCUCCGGGUCUUCCCCAAUCCCACCUCCGGGCGCAGGAACGGCUUCGAUUCCGCCAACUCCUUCGCCUCAUCCACAAUUAAUCUCACCAUCAACAUCGCAGCAGCAUCUCAACACAGGUUACGAUUCCAAUCACAACACCGACUCAUCCAACACAGCCGUGAACAACAGCCCAACGACAAGCAGUAGUCUCAAUCGGAAGAAAGUCCACCGCCAACUCCCACCGCACCAAGCCCCAACCCCGACCCCCUCACCACCACAACGUCCUGACUCCGGGCUCUCGGACCCCAACGCCAACAUCGAUGAAAAAUCACCCACGAGUCCCAGCACCACCCCGACACCCCCACCAACCACGAAACCGCAACAAAAGCGCACAAGCCGAAGCCGACGUACAGCACUAAUGAUGCGUAUGCGUAUAAACAGCGAAGCCGACGUAUACGGACCGGACUGCAACCGCAGUCUACGUCCGCAUUUUUUCUCACAUGCGCAGCAAAGUACGCCUUCCCAUCCUAAUCCAACGGAACCCGCACAAGCCCAUCUCGGACCACCGAUUCUGCCGGAUCUUGAUUUAGACCUAGAACUUCUGAGCACUACUUUGCUUGCACCUUGGGCAUUGGAUAAUUGGGGCUUUAGGAGGAGCAUGUCGCAGGGUGUAAUUGGACUCGGUGGUAGAGGUGGCCAUGGAAUUGGAAUUGGAACUGGGAGUGGAGAUGCAGGCCUUCUAGAUGCAAGUUUCCGACUGUUCAAAAACGGGGGCGGAAGUACGAGGGGAGGUCGGAGUAAUCGGAGUCAUAGCGACGAAGGCAGGAGCGAUAAAGUGAGCCGGAAUAGUAGGAGUAGCAACGAUAGUAAUGGCAGUGGCGGCGGCGUCGGUGGUAGCAAUGACGACGGAGGUGGUAAUAGAAGUAAAAGCGACGGUGGAAGUGAUCAUGAAAACAGCAGGAACGAUAGUAAUUACGCUUUUAGUCAGCGGUCGGCAAGGGCAAGAACAAUGUAGGAGAUAUGGGGUAGCUAGCUGGCCUGCUAUGAAUUAGGGGCAGGUGCCUUGGGAAGAAAAAAUAAGGGGCGAAGUGUGUGUAUACCACUCGAUAUCGCGAUUUUUUUAGUAAUUAUACCUAGCUAGUAUCUUUUCGUUAUAUCGUGAUACUGUUUAUGAGAACGACUAAAUUUCAUGGGAUGAAAAGCUUGGUUCCCACUUGGGAAUCGGUUGUAACAAUCUCAUGAUAUUUUCCAAUUAUAUCCAAUUAUAUCCAUUCACGAAUCACAAGAUGCACCAAAUACAGAGAUUAAACGACUUCACCAUCGAAAUCGAAGCUAAGGUAUCUUUUCUUUCUCUUUCUUUUCACUCGUAUCAAAUCUAAUGCUUGGGCAUCUACUUUCCAUUAAGUUGCUCAAAAUCAUGCCUCUCUCACCAAGAGACAAUCGGCACCACCUAUAACAUCAUGGCGAGGGACAAAUAAAUAAAUUCGUCCCGCGUCGGACUCCUUUUUAGACCAGAACCAACCCCCAUCGGUACCGGCCU